GAAAAAGCAAACGUGUUUUCCUGCUUUGAAUCCCGAAUGACUGGCGGGGAAUCCCGGAAAAUGCCGUGGAAUCACUGGGAUUUGUUUUGACAUCAGUGUGUGAUGGAUGAAGAAGGAUGAACAGACGGAUACACAUUAUGGGGCCUUGUCUGUGGAUCCUGAUGCUCAUAGUGACUCACAUUACAGCGUUCAGACGUCCACGAGAUCUUUCACCCUGUCAAGUGUUCCAGGAAGAUGCCAACUGCAGUAAUCUGAACCUCACAAAAAUCCCAAUACAUCUGCCGGCCACCAUCCACACGCUCGAUCUGUCACGUAACCUUCUGCAGAACCUAACGGACGACGUCCUCCUGGCCUACUCCAGCAUUCAGCAUCUCAACCUUCACUCCAACAAGAUCCAGUUCAUCCAGCCGGGCCUCUUCCAGGCUUUGACCCGUCUGCAGGUGCUAGAUCUCUCCAGGAACUUUCUUGACCUUUACGCUGCUCUGAAAACACCCAUUGGGCCGCUCACUUCAGUACAGCGCCUCGAUCUCUCAGGAAAUGGGCUGUUUACUGAUAUGAGCGGCUACUUCCUGAAUGAUGCCCCAGCCCUUACCAACCUCUCAUUAGAUGGGAACAGCAUUACCAAAAUCUGCAGAGACACAUUUAAUGGAACUCAAGCUCUAAGAAACAUCGACCUACAUAAUAACGUUAUCAUAGAAAUCGAAGAAGGUGCGUUUGAGUCUUUGAGCAAUCUCUCUGAACUUGAUUUGUCCAUGAACUCCAUUUCUUGCAUCGUGGAUUUUAACCUCUUCCAGCUCAAAACAUUGAACCUGAGACAAAACAGCAUGACCAACUUCCAGACCAUCGACUCAGAGCUUGAGUUUGAGCUGCUGUACUUGGACUUGAGGGAAAAUAAGAUAAUCUACUUCCCUGUUCUGCCCCGGAAGAACAAGCUCAUAUAUCUGGACCUGUCCAGAAACCUCUUGAGAAGUGUGAACUGCUCAGGUUCUUUAGAAGAGCUGGAGAAUCUUAGGGACAGCGGGUAUCUAUUGACCGAUCAUGACAAACACAUUUCCUGCAUUAGUAAGAGGCAUCAAGAUCUACCGAGGUUGCUGUACUUGGACUUGAGUUACAACCAGCUCAAAUCAGUUCCCUCCUCGUUCUUUGGCAGUAUGGUGUCUUUGGAGACCCUCAACAUAAGCAAUAACUGUUUGGAGAGCUUCAGUGUGGACUCGGAAAGUCCUCUGAAUGCUCUUAAAACCCUGGAUAUCAGCUUCAACAACCUGCACAACCUGUCGUUCGGGGAGAGGACACUGGCUGCAUUGGAGGUGCUGCACCUGCAGGGGAAUGCUCUUAGCACGUUAGACGGCAGUAUCUUCUCAAGGCUGCCCAGCAUCCGCAGUCUCCAUCUUCAGCAGAACCAACUGAGCAUCUGUUCUUCUCAGUGGGGUCCAGCAAAAGACUGCAUCUCACUGUCUGGCAUCUCCACCUUGAGUUACUUGUACCUCUCCGACAACAACCUCUUAUCCGUUCCGCAGAGUGCGUUCCAGGGCAGUCCACUGCUCAUCCUGGACCUGUCUCUGAACCCUGGCAUGGAGGUCAGUCCUCUGUCACUCUCGGGUUUGGAGACCACCCUCUCUCAUCUGUCUCUGAGGGGAAACCAGCUCCAACGUCUACCCUUUGACUUUACCCUCUUCCGAAAACUUAAGUCGUUAGAUCUGUCAGUGAACCGGCUCUCAGGUUUGUCUCUGUGGAGCGGAGACUCUUCUGUUGAGUCGCUGAACUUGCAGAAUAACAGUCUGGUGACGCUCGCGCCCGACAUGCUGCAGAAAGCACUCAGGACUUUGUACGUGGGUUCGAACCCACUGAGCUGCUGUAGAAACCAGCACCUGCUCACCCUCCUACAGCAGGACAGACUGAUGGUGCCCGACAUCGCCGCCGUGACCUGCUGGUACACCAAAGACUCGGAAAACAUGGAGAUCAGUAUGAGCGCCGUGCAGCCGGAGCACUGCAAAUCUGUGAACGUAAAAGUGUUACUGAUUAGUGUGAUUGUUGUGUUAGUGUUAGGACUGCUGGUGUUGACUGUCAUCAUGAAACUCUUGUUUCACUCCAGAAGACACAGAUUCAACAGAGGCAUCAAAGCUUAAAGCAAAAUUGAAGGACAAAAGAGGAAAAAGAUACCGAAGCACUCUCACCUGACUGUGGUGCCGCAUGCAUGACUGCGACCAUGCGGGUUUCAGUAUGGAACGUAUGGGUCUCUGGAACAAAAUGUGCAAUGCAGAACAUUGAAUGUGUGGAGCAGAUCUUUGGACACAUUUAUGUCUGAUCACCUUCAUUUGCAUUCACAACAUUUUGACAUUGUAUUUGGUUUUAUAACACAAGGUAUUUAUGGUUCAUUGUGUUAUAAACAUGGUAUUUAUGGCACAAAAAUGCAUGCAGACUUUACUGAAGGAGCAUCAAGAAUCAACACACACAAAGAACAGACAUGAGAACCCAAAGAAUAGGAGUUUGGGGUCGUUCACAAUUCUUGCGUCCAAAAACAGAAUGCAGUGGUCUUGAGAAGUGUCUUUUAAAGGUUGUACUUCUUUUAACUUGACAUGGUGUCUAAAAAACAAAGUGCUCAAUGGUCAAAUAUGUCAGUCUAGUACAUGCUUACAUAGACCAACAAUAUUAAAACAAGUGCAGACCGCUGAAAGCAUGCGUAGGGUUGCCAACUUUACGCAACACGAAUGUGGGUCUUUUGAGCAUUUGGUUCAAUUAAAUAUGCCACCAUCCAAAAUAGGGUCCCUUAUUUUGCUGUUUCUAUACGGGACGUUUUGACUUCAUUUUACAUUUAUGCAUUUGGCAGAUGCUUUUAUCCAAAGUGACUUACAGUGCACUUAUUACUGGGACAAUCCCCCCAGAGCAAUCUGGAGUUGAGUGUCUUGCUCAAGGACACAAUGGUGGUGACUGUGGGCAUUGAACUGGCAACCUUCUGCUUACCAGUUAUGUGCUUUAGCCCACUAUGCCACCGCCACGCCAUUUUACUUCUUAAAUAUAAGACAAGAGGCAUCCCGUACAGGACAUCUUAAUUUUGGCCAAAAUGCAGGACAUCCCCGCUAAUACAGGACAGUUGGCAACCCUAGUCCCGUGUGAACGGCCCCCUAAACAGUAGCACUGAUCAGAAUGAACUAACAAGAGGUGAAAAUGAGACUAAAUGUCCUUUCUUUUAAUGAAGAAACAUAGAUAAUAAUGCAGUUAGGUAAAUGAAUGUAUUGUAGGAUAUAUUCAGUAAAAACUAUACACUUUCUGCUGUAUAUGCACUUUAAUGGUUGUGAUUUGAAAUAUUCUGCAAUAUUUAAAUAGUGCAAACACUAGAGAUAUGAGCAGUGUUCAGAGCAGUCGAGGUUAGUUUCAAUGGAUAGUUCUAGAGCUAGACACGUGGAGUGUUUUAAAUCUAAAUGUUUUUAUAAGUGUAUGUUGUGCAUUAGCAGAAGGCAUCUGAUUGGACUUGAGGAAGUGUUAUUGCAGGAACACCUGCAGUAAAGCAUGCAGCUUGUUUUCUCAGUUUGAGGGGCCGCAGGAUCACUUUCCUGUUGUUGAGCUUCAAUUCAGUUUCUUUAAAAAGACCUCACUUGGUGUCAGCUUGUGCAGCCAAAAUCAUUUCUUCAUUAUAACUUUACCAUCCUGAUAGCACACAUACAUCACUAUUUGAUGUGUAUGUUUACAUCUGGAAGAUGAUUUCAGAACAUCCAUAAGACAUUUCCUCUCAUAUGUCAAUAAGACAUUCAGCAGAUGUCUUUGAGAUGCUUAUGAUUUAGAAUGAUUGUAAAUCUGAUCUUUUCAAGAUGUUUAGCAGAUGUUUAUUAGAUUGUGAUGCUUUCCAGACAUCUCUGAGGUGUACCUGUGCUAUCUGGGUAGUUCCAUUCAAUUACGCUAAACUCAGAGACUGGCAUCAGGUCCACUCUGAGCGCAAACACACCCACCAGCCCUGGUGUUUGAUCAGUCGGCUCUUUUUUUUUUUUUUAGAUCUUUCCAGCGCGGUCAGAAAUAAGUUUGACCCUGGAGUCUAUAUCAGGCAUUGUGCAUUCACCGCAGAUAAAGAUAGGCAGGAAAUCCCUGUUGAGGGAACGUACAUCAUCACUGCAGAUAUUAAUAGCAGUUUGUUUCAUAGGCUGUUGACUCAGUAAUGAGAAACGCUUCCUCCUGUCAGUCUGAGUCACGGCCGCAUAGCCACGCCCCCUUCUGCUUUUCAACUACACACGACAGUCGCUCUGCAUGAUGAAACCAGCAAAGGUCACACACACACACGUACACACACGUCACACUUAUGAGCGCCACAACACAAAUACUAUAUGAACUAUUACCACAAUGUUUGUACAAUAAACUACUGUAUAAAAAUAUUUAUGAACUAUAUUUUUGUAAAUAAAAGGUCUAU